ACGACCUUGCGCGUAGGAGCCACUCAAAAGUGUUUGCUGAACUUAAUACUAAGAGACAGUGUGCUCUCAUGGGGAAAAAAAAAAAAAAAAUCCCGAACACGCCUCUCUGCCAUUUCUGCGGUGCCUCCCCCGGGCCGCGCGGUGGCGCUGUGGUUCCGCAGAGGCCGGGUGAUGCGGGGCGCGCCAGGGCUCGCGGGCUUCCGGGGACCCUCAGAGCGGCGGCAGCGACGCGCGGGGCAGCGGCGGCUCUCCCACCUGUCACCCUGGCCCUUCUCUGCUUGGACGGCGUCUUCCUCUCCUCCGCCGAGAAUGACUUUGUGCACCGUAUCCAGGAGGAACUGGACCGCUUUCUGCUGCAGAAGCAGCUGUCAAAGGUGCUUCUUUUCCCCCCACUCUCCAGUCGCCUGCGGUACCUGAUCCACAGGACAGCAGAGAAUUUUGAUCUUCUGAGCAGCUUCUCCGUUGGGGAGGGCUGGAGGAGAAGGACAGUCAUCUGUCACUUGGAUAUCAGGUUACCCAGUUCAGAUGGACUCUCUGGCCCCGGCCACCCUCCUGCCUCCCAGCUUAGCAAGUACCGAGGUCCCCGGCCCACCUCAAACCAAGGAGCACCUGUGGGUCCUCGAGGGGCGCGGGCUGGCCGGUGGCAUCGUGGACGCAAACCGGACCAGGCUUUGUAUGUGCCCCGAGUGCUGCGCAGGCAAGAGAAAGGGGUACCACCCUCAACCCUAGGGCUCAAGGGAGACCCUCCAGCUGGCGGGCCCCCAGAAGAACCUGGAAAUGUUGGUGCUGGGGACGUCAGCUCUGAGCAGGACCUCCCUGUGUUGAUGACUCAGGCACCUGAGGACCCAGAGGGCCCAGACCAACACUGUGACAAUGAGCAGCUACCGGACCCACUUGGCGUUGAGUCCCCAAGGCCCGAGAGCCACUCAGGGAUGGGAGAUGGGUUGGAGAUGGCCACACGGCUGGGGUCCAGUCUGCGGCUGGACUUGGAAGAGGGGAACGGGAAUGAGGUGGAGAAGAGCCUGGCGGCAGAGGAGGAAGAGGAAGAGGCAGAAGAGGAGGGACCUGGCAGCUGCUCCUGGGACGAUUACAGUGAGCUGCUACAGGAGAUAACAGACAACCUUACGGAGAAGGACAUUCAGGUAGAAAAGAUCCAUGUGGACACGUCCUCCUUUGUGGAGGACCUGCCCGGAGAGAAGGAUUUUGCCCAUGUGGUGGAGAUCUACGACUUUGAGCCAACACUCAAGACUGAGGACCUGCUGGCCGCGUUUUCUGAGUUCCAAGAGAAGGGGCUCAAGAUUCAGUGGGUAGAUGACACACACGCGCUCGGUGUCUUUCCCUGCCUGGCCUCAGCCGCUGAAGCCCUGACCAAGGAUUUUUCUGUGCUCAAGAUCCGGCCCCUCACUCAGGGAACCAAGCAGUCAAAGCUGAAAGCCUUGCAGAGGCCAAAGCUCCUGCGUCUGGCGAAGGCAAGACCACAGACAAAUACAACGGUGGCCAGGAGGCUGGUGGCCCGGGCACUGGGGCUCCAACACAGGAAGAAAGAGCGGCCUGCCGUUGAGUCUCCUACCUCCCUGAGGCCCUGAGCGGCCCAGCAAGCCUGGAUUGGCACCCGCAGAACUGGGCUGGUGCCCCAACACCACAAGCCUUUACAGACACCAGAAUAGCCCUGUGCAGUUUGUUAGGGUGUCCCUGUGGGGCUGGGUGGGCUUUCGUUUGGUCUAGUUACAGAAGUUAAGAAAAAAAUAAAAGCUUGAACAUUGCUUCAAAA